UAUAUUUUGAUUUUUUUACUCUUUAGUAACGCACUAUCGUCUGGAGCUCAGUUCAACGGAUACAACUGUGACGGCAACUUUCACAGCCGUUUCCCUGCUGAGAGGGACAUUAGUGUCUACUGCGGAGUGCAAACUAUCACCCUCAAGGUCAACUUUUGCCCCGUCCUAUUCUCCGGCUACACCGACACUGACCUUGCCCUCAACGGUCGCCAUGGAGAUGCCCACUGCCGCGGAUUCAUCAAUAACAACACUUUCCCGACUGUUGUAAUCUUUAGUAUCAGCCUGGCCACGCUGGAAUCCUGCAGCAAUUCCCUCGUGGUCUCCACAGCUCCAGGUCCCAACGCUUAUGGGAACUUGUCGCUGGUGCAGAUUGGAAACAUAUCAGGAUACAUCGACACACCAGAUCCCCCCACUGUCAUCAGCUACCUGCCAGGUCUGCUGUACAAGUUCAGCUGCAGCUACCCGCUGGAGUAUCUGGUCAACAACACACAGCUGGCCUCGUCAGCUGCAGCAAUAUCAGUGAAGGAAAGCAACGGUACUUUCAUCAGCACGUUGAACCUCCUGCUUUACAAUGACUCCUCAUACAUUCAGCAGCUGGCCAUCCCCAUGUCUGGACUGACACUGAAGACCCGUGUCUUUGCUGCUGUAAAAGCCUCUAAUCUGGAUCGAAGAUGGAAUGUCCUCAUGGACUAUUGCUACUCCACGCCCUCUGGAAAUCCCAACGAUGACCUCCGCUAUGACCUUUUCUUCAGCUGUGAAAAAGACCCUCAGACCACUGUCUUUGAGAAUGGGAAGAGCCAAAUGGGCCGCUUUGCCUUUGAAGUAUUCCGUUUUGUCAAGCACAAGAACCAAAAGAUGUCCACCGUCUUUCUGCACUGCAUCACCAAGCUGUGUCGAGCAGACGACUGUCCGCUGCUCAUGCCCAUCUGUGGCAGCAGAAAAAAGAGAGAUGUUUCAGAUGGAAAGGAAUCAAACGCCGCAUCUGGAAAUGCCAUUCUGACUGCCGGUCCUAUUAUCACUCGGAGUGAUGAAACGCCAACCAACAACUCUCAGUUGGCCCAGCUGAAACCACCAGCGUUUCACAUGAACGCAGUGACCAGCGCGCUCAUCUCAGGCAUGAUCAUCCUGGGUGUUAUGAGUGUUUGCUUCUUCGUCUUCUCCCUCACCCUCCUCAGAGGCAAAAGCACUCCGAUCAGCACCCUGUCUGGAGUCCACAAUCCAGGUUUCAGAUGAGCCUCUGCAUCACUGCAAACUCUUCAACUUCCAAGGCCUGCUAAGCAAG